AUGCGGCGUAGAGGCCGUUGGGGCCCCUUAGCCGCAUGCACACCAAGCCAAGGUGUGUGCCGCCACACGGUCCUCCCGUCGCUGCCUGCCGCCACUUUAGUGCGGCCAACCGACAGCUCAAGCGACCACAUAUCGGGAGACAUCCGCCAAAGCACGAAGCAACCUGUCUCGCCAGAAGACCUCGAACCCGCACCCAUCGUCCGUACGCCCCUCCCACUCGACACCUCCGUCUCACACUUCACCAUCUUCACCAUCCCCGAUGCGUACAUGUUCCUAGUAGUGGGGCCCACAUGCUUCGAGCACCCGGUGGCCGCUAGAUUGAAAGUGGGGUUGGUUGGGAUGGGAAUGGGGGCGAGCGGGCAGGCCAAGACGCCGAGCAAGAGCCUGAGGUCUUGUCUCUGGUACGCCGACGAGAAGCUGCUGGGUGCGUUUUUGUGUAAGCCAAACCACUCGCGUAUGGCCUCCCAAGAGCUCUCCUUUUUGGCGCCGUCGUCAACAUCCUCCAUCUCCAAAUCUGGGCCUUCCAUUAGAGGGGUGAGGGGCUGA